GCUGCGGUUGUCGUCGAGACGGGCAGACUCUGCAUCCCCCCUUUCGAGGUUUCGUCGCAGAGAUACAACUGAUACCACAACCGCGCAACGACUACCACGACUGCUGUCCCAUGAGCCUCUCAGCAUGGCUCCGGCCGCCAUCCCGACUACUGCGCCGGCCCUGUCCCCGAUCAUAGAGGAGGUCGCCUGUGGCCCUGAGGCCCCUCCUCUGGCGGUCAGGGUGCAGGUGCACUUCGCCGACCCCUUGGUUCGCGAUGCCCACCACCCCUACACUCGAGACUACGCCAGCUCCGAUGCCCUCAGCCCGACCAAGCGCCUCUGCAAGGGCCUCGUUCGCCGCAUUGAGCACUGCAGCGAGGAGCUCAUCACCCGCCGCGAUCCCACGGCGCUCCUGCAAAGGCUUCCCGGCCAGGCCCCGAAGGAGCUGCGCUACGAGCUGGUCUUCACCGUCCUGCAGCCCAACGAGGUCUUCGCCCACCGCACAUUCCAGUCCUACCAGCGCGAGCCCCUGUCGCAAGAAUCCGCCAGCGAGAUAUUACUCGCGACCCAUCGCAUGGUCGGCCUCUUUCUGAGGCAACACGACAAGGGCUUCAGGUGGACCAACGAGCCCGCUGGCGACCACCGCUAUAUCAACCGCCUCAUCUCGUCCUCGCUGCUGAGCAUCGGCGAGCCCCUGCCACUCGGAUGCGUCCCUCCAUCCCACUUCCUCGAGGAUUCCCAGACCUUCCAGUUCUCGCCCGGCUACAGCAUAGAGUUCUCCUUCAAGAGCUCUAGCCAAUUGCGCAAGCAGAACGAGUGGUCGCGGACCCUGUCCAUAAAGAGCGGGCAGGAUGCGCCCCUCAACCUGUCGCUGAGCGAAAACCUGCUCUGGGCUGCUUCCGAGAUCGUCAACACGGCCCUGGGAGCCAAGAAGCGGGAGCUAGACUUUGAACACAACUCUUGCGAAUGGCUCGAGGGCCCCGUCCAGUGCAAACACUUCGAGGAGAGCGCGCUCGAGAUCGAGAUCAGGCUUGAGAAUAGCCUGGGGCCGGUUUACGAGCACCUCAACCGCCGCAUCUUCACCAAGCUCGCCAUGUUCCGUGACGCCGAAGGCGAGGACUGCUUCUACUUCCUGCGCGACGUGCAGGCUGGGCUCUCACGCCUGCGCAACAAGGCCGACGAGCAGAUCUCGCAGACAAACGACUUCGAGUUGCGGGUGCUAGAGCUCAGGGGCCCCGGGUGGAGGGUCGAGCGCCCGGCCCAGUUCACCCUGGACAGCGCUGUGACCUACUCCCAGCGCAGCAUCGAGGCGAUCCUCGAGCGCGUGCAGAGCGGAAUCGCCGACCUGCUGCGGGGCGAAGACGCCGCCGUCCACCUCACUGCGUACAAGCGUGGUCAUCUCAUCCUCGAUAAGGCCCUCGUCGCUCGUGACGACGGUCGGAGGCCCAAGACGCCUGCAAUGCCGCGGGAUAUCGAGGCUGAGAAGAAGGCUCUGGUAUCUCGUUUGGAGAGCCAGAUACAGCAGGAUCUGGAUAGGAUCCUCAAGGAUACCUGCUCGCUCGACGACGUCUCCGAGUCCGACUCGGAUGGAGAGUCGAACUUCAAGGCGCACAUGGAGCUGAUGCAACCCAUCGAGAUUUCGGCAAACACGAUGGCAAACCCGCCAGUCAAGAAGGCCAUGGCUGUAUCCACAACCCCGACCUCAACUCCCCCUAGGCGCGCCUUCGUCGGAGUCGACAAGCCAACUGGGCCUCCCAUCCUGGACACAGCGCGCCCGAUGACUCCUGUCGCCCAAACGCCACGCAGUCCUGUCGCCCAAACGCCGCGCAGUCCUGCCACACAGCUCGGCGAGCCCUUCACUCCCGUUUCUGCCAAGUCCCUGUCGCGGGUCUUCCCUUUGGUGCCCGCCAAGUAUACUCUUGGUUACUCGCGGGCCAGCAGCGACAUGACCCUCACAGGUAGCAUUGACGAGAUCACGGUGCACUCGGACGCCGAGGACGAUGAGGAGCUACAAAAGCGACCUGCUGUCGUCGAUGCAGAGAUGCUGUCAGAAGUUGACUCGUCUGGAGUUGUCCCGCCGGUCACGGUUGACAUCGCUAUUCCGGAGCAGGCGAUUACCCAAGCCGAUCAACAAUCCGUGUCCGACAGUGACUCAAAGUACUCCCAAGACGAAGUCCUAGCGUCGGCAGAGCUCGAAGAGAAUGCUGUCAAGAGAUCCGUCUUUUCCAACGAUCCUGCCGAUUCUGUGAUCGGAGAGGAUGAGGCGGCACCUGUAUCCCCCCAGAGCACCCGUCCCAACACCGCUGAGGGCGACGCCCCCGUCGAGCGGCUUCCCAAGUCUCCCGUAACUCCCGAGCCGGAGGUCAAAGAGGAGUCGGGAGCAACCAGUCUUGUUCUACAUGACACCAACAGGCCUCUGUACUCGUCCUUUAUGAGCUACGAGUCGUCGGUGCCCUCGACCCCAGGACUGAGUCAAGGAGACGAGUCCUCUCCGAGGCACAGCCUCCUCAUCACGCCGACCUUCUUGAGGACGCUGUCUGGAGCUGUCCGUCCCAUCAUUGUCGGCGACAUCGACAAGGAGGACGCGGGUGCCGCGUACGGCAACUCUGACGAUGAGGUUAUGGAAGACUCACCGACGGCAGACAGGCUGGCUAUGAGCAAACGUAACCUCCAGGCGGAGCUUGCGGCCGCCGGGUCUGGUCUUAGCGACGAACACGGCUUCUCUCAGAGCAAAGCUACUUUUGACUUUGAGAGCAUGGAUGGCGAGAGCAUCAUUGCCGCAUCCGGAAUCCUGCCGCAGAUCGACGAGGUACCGACCGAGGAGGAAGCCUCCGACUGUGGCGAAUCAUCGCCCAUCGCCGCGGAGACAAAGGAAGUCGCAUCCCUGGCCAUACCGACACUUGCCACACCGGCGACGGUAUCCGAUAUCAAGAUGUCGGAUGCCCCGGCCGAGAAGAACCCCGAAACCGUACCUGUGGUGGAGUCUCAAGAGACGGCACCGCCAAUCGCCCCCGUCUCGGCCGCGCCGGCUGCCGACGAGCCUGUUCAAAUUGCCGAUCUUGAAAAGGAAUUUGGCGACACUGCCUCAGUGUCGUCUCAGGACUCGGCAAACACGACCCCUGGAGGGGCAGAUGUGCGCCCGGCCACGCCCAUCUCGGAGGCUCUAGGUAGCCCAACCACUCCCCGGGCGAUUUUGCAGGAGAGAAACGCCAUCACCCCGCCCAGCCCGGCCCUCGCUCCUAAGGGGCGCGCCAGCUCCGAUGCCUGGGAGGACCGCGACAGCCUGCAGGGCAGAGACUCGGUCGACACGUUCAGGUCUGAGAACGGUAACGAGGAGGUGACCGAGUCGCCGAAGACCCCGCCGACGCGCCGUAAGUCCUUUUCGACCACGACCUACCUUGGCCUCCACCAGGAGGGCAUGGGUCUCGGAUUCGGUCUACGGGACACAUUGGUAGCCCCGAACCACUGGCCCGACGACACCGACUCGUCAGCCCCCGGCUGGCUGACCGCCGCCGCCGCCGUCGCCGAAGCGGCCGCCGUCGUCGCAGGGCCGGCCACUCGACGCACCCCGACCACCCCGGCCACUCCGCGUCCCCUCCUCAGCACUCGGUCCUCCUCCAAGGGGCUCAAAGUGCUGCGGCCACAGGUCGUGCACAGGCACACCACGAGCUCGGUCAACGGCUCGGCUACCAAGCCGCCCCUGCUCAAGAGGCUGCCCAAGGGCGCCAGGAGGCGGACCAAGUCGUCGUCGGCCACGGCGGUGCUUGGGGGCCGCAAGCAGCACUUCGAACAGGACUACGCGUCGUCGACCGACCAGGAAGACGACGGGUACGAGACCGACGACGGCGGCGUCAUGCUGCCCCGCUUCAUGAUGCUGUUUGCCAGCAUGGCUGUUGCCUCGCAGGUGCUGCAACACUAGGCUCAUGCCUGGGUUUGGUUUACCGCAUACCCCCCAUAUACAUCCCUUUUUCCUUGCCUUACUCUGCUUUGUCGCGAACACGCUGGAUAUAGUCUGCUUUCUUUUUUCCUUUUCUUUUUUUUGUUACGACACGACCUGCGCUUGGUUACGAUUCCCCACAUCACGUAGAAUGGAGAGAAAAAAAUGAGAUACGACGGGCCUCAAGGUCAUGCCGUUUGAUUGAAUGGAUAGAGAUGCAAAUCACGAUGACGAACGAACGCGGGGGGAAUGGGAGAGAGAGGCAAGUUUGAAUUUUCGAACAGUCGCUUGGCUUUUUUUCGGCCAUGGAAGCCUCGGGUCUUUGGGUACCCAGCAAUUUGGAUCUGAGUGUACAUAUUCGUUCAUACUUUUUACCCCAUUUACUGCGUCAACCUCGGCGGCAACGAUGGAGGUUCGGCAUCUUGAUGAGCAAUCUACAGGGCCCCGCUAAUGACCACGUUUCUUUGUGCCAACACACCGAAUUUACUGCAUCGCAA